UGACAGUGCGGUUUGUUGUUUGUUGUCAUCAUCAAGAUGGAGUUUUUACUGGGGAAUCCGUACAGCACUCCAGUGGGGCAAUGCAUAGAGAAGGCCACGGACGGCUCGCUGCAGAGCGAGGACUGGACGCUGAACAUGGAGAUCUGCGACAUCAUCAACGAGACGGAGGAAGGGCCGAAGGACGCCAUCAGGGCAGUGAAGAAGAGGCUGAACGGGAACAGGAACUACCGGGAGGUUAUGCUGGCGCUGACGGUCCUGGAGACGUGCGUGAAGAACUGCGGCCACCGCUUCCAUGUGCUGGUGGCCAACCGGGACUUCAUCGACGGCGUCCUGGUGAAGAUCAUCUCGCCCAAGACCAACCCACCCACCAUCGUGCAGGACAAGGUGCUGGCCCUGAUCCAGGCUUGGGCAGAUGCCUUCAGGAGCAGUCCAGACCUGACAGGUGUGGUCCACAUCUACGAAGAGCUUAAGAGGAAAGGCGUUGAGUUCCCCAUGGCAGACCUGGAUGCCCUGUCCCCUAUCCACACACCACAAAGGGGUGUUCCUGAGGUGGACCCGGCAUCCCACAAAUACAAGGCAUCCGCCCCGCCGCAGGCAGGCCCCACCGCCCCUGUCUCUGCACCCCCGCAGCCCGCCGCCUACCCCCCGCCCCAGGCCCCCAGCAUCCACAUGGCCGGACCCAUCACUGCCAACCCAGAACAGAUCGCCCGUCUGCGCAGUGAGCUGGACAUCGUGCGCGGGAACACCAAGGUGAUGUCGGAGAUGCUGACGGAGAUGGUCCCGGGACAGGAGGACCCGUCCGACCUGGAGCUGCUGCAGGAGCUGAACCGGACCUGCCGGGCUAUGCAACAGCGCAUUGUGGAGCUGAUCUCCCGCGUCUCCAACGAGGAAGUGACCGAGGAGCUGCUGCACGUCAACGACGACCUCAACAACAUCUUCCUGCGAUAUGAGAGAUAUGAGCGGUACCGGUCAGGAAGGGCGGCCCAAAGCACCAAUAAUGGGGUCCUCAGCGAGGCCACCGAAGACAACCUCAUCGACCUGGGGCCGGGGUCGCCCGCCGUGGUCAGCCCCAUGGUCAGCGCCACGCCCCCGGCCAGCGUCGGCCCCGUGCCCUCGUCCACGCCCGCCUCCCUGUCCACGCAGCUGGCCGGACUUGAUGUUGGUGGGGACAGCGUGACUGGCACUUUGAGCUCUCUGCCGAGCUGCAACCAGCCAGAUGACUUCGACAUGUUCGCUCAGACCAGGAACAGCUCUCUGGCCGAUCAGCGAAAGAAUGUGAAGUACGAAGACCCUCAGGCCCUGGGUGGCCUGGCUGCCGCCCUGGAUAUCAGGCAACAGAACACCAUAGGGAAAGGGGAUGACGCUGAAGAAGGAGUCACAAGUGAAGAGUUUGACAAGUUUUUGGAAGAGAGGGCCAAAGUUGCUGAGACGGCAUUACCGUCGCCCCCUAGUGGAGACCCUGGCCCGCCCGGGAAUGCCCCCAGCAGCAACCGCAAGAAAGCUGAGAGGUCCGAGGACACCCUCUUUGCCUUGUAGAUUUACUGCAGCCCCCCCUCUCCAGACCCAAACUGCCGCCCCCUGCCCCAGCAUACAGUAACAGCCUCCCACGGUACCACCUUUGCCCCUAAAUGCACCAUCCCAAGUCCCAGGCCACGGUCAUGACCCCCAGACGUGGGGGGGGGUGGGUCGCAGGUGUCCACAAGGUCUGCUCUAAAUGCUACAUUCUGCAUUUCUUCAUUCUGACAUUUCAGUGUCUGUCAGGGAUGUAUUUAAGAUGGUUAGAAUGGACUUCAUUCCCACUGCCUGAGGGAGAUUACCCCGGCACUGAGUGAGAGGGGUCACGACCAUGGGGUCCUUUCUGUUGCACGCUCUUUGUCGCCCCCUCUGGCCGCUGCCGGUAAAACUCUUUGGCUGAAGCAGUCGCAGUUGGCAGCUAGCGGUAGGGAAGUUUGAAUCAUGAACAUAAUGGAUUGUUUUGAACAAAUAUAGUGUAUGAAUUUUUUUGUAAUAAGUAUUAAUUGUUUUUAAUUACUUUGACUUAAUUUUCUGCAUAAAUGUGUUUUAAGAAAGGCCCCGUUUGACACAGUGAUUGUAAAUGUGUAGAUUUGUUUAACCCAUUUCAGUUGAUCAGGAGAAUUCUAUUUCAUAUAGCGCUCUUAAGGAAUUGUCACAGAGCACUUUCCCUGAAGGUUUACUAUGGGGCUUGCUGCAUUUUGAGUUCUCUGCAGUACUGUAAAGUUUGUCCUUUGGUUUCUUUGUUCUGUUUGUUUAAUUGAGAAAUGCCAUUCCUGGGGGUGGGGGGCGUUUAUGGAAGAGUGGUUUAGUAUGUCUGACUGUGUCCUCUCGUUGAGUUUAACCACGCUGGGGCCCUAUUAGCUGUAAUUAACGAGGCCCAGGAGCUCAGUUGGCCCAGUUUUGAAAAGGGAAUGUAAAAAAAUGUUUUUACUGUUUCCUGUUUUUUGGUUUCUCUGAGGUAACUUCCUGUCUUUGAGUGUAUCGUUGUAAAUACAGGCAAAUCGCAGUCCACGCCCGUAAACUCCGCUUCAGUGCGCUUCUAACAGACACAGACUGGAGCAUCUGCUUUCAGGGAUGCACAAACCCUGCUUUCCCAAAGGUUACAGUGUCCAUUGUAUCACAGAUUCAAUAUUGCUCAAUAUUGUCAAACAAUACAGCUGAAAAUGUUAGAGCCAGUGUUCUAUAAAAUGGCAGUCACAGUAAUUUUUCAAAAAUAAUCUUAAAACUAUGAUAAGCCAGUCUGCAAUCUGAUCUUUUCACAAUGACCCCUCCUUGGCAUAAAGGAGGACAGCGCCCUGUCAGUGAUGUGAGUGUCUCGCCGACGAUUUUGAAAUUUGGCAAAAACGGGACUCGCCUGACUUGACUUACUUCAGCCUUGCAUGUCAGGCAUUUCUGCAGUUCAGUCGUAAAGCACAGAAACACACUUCAGGGAAAGGCUACCUGAUACUGAGGUUUUUUGAAUAAAGAAGCCAGUCUUGUUCUCAGACUCAAGGUUAAGAAAGUGGCCGGAAAAGACCAAAAAGAAACAAUUGCACUGAAGUUAUUUAAUAGAAUUAAUUUGUAUAAUAUAUAGAAUAGAAUGUAGUUCAUUUGGCAAACUAAAAUACUUAGAUUUCUUUGGGGUUACUGUAAAAUAUGUAUCUAUUAUACAUAAUUAUAUGUAUAUACAUCUGAACUUUGUGAAUAAAACUCAAAAACUGAAUAGGCGUGCAGUUCCAAGACAUUCUGAAUCAGUAGCAGAUAUGUAGGUUGUUUUUACAAUGAAGCUGCGUGACAUACCAGCAGAGUUUCUCCAGAGGUGCAUAUACAUGCUCAUUAAUGAGAAACUGCAGUAAAUUUUUUUAAAUGAAAUUUCUGGAGCUCAAAUAGGAUGACAGAUUUGUGAACCAAAAAUAAUUAAAAACCGAUAAAUGAACUAGUUAGCUAUUGGCACGGAUUCUAACGACAAUUUGCUUUAUUCUUAAGUUGGACAAACAAACUUAAGAAUGCUUAACCUGUGCAGUUUUUUCAUGCACUGCAUUAUAAAUUUGGCAUAAUAAUUAUAACAAACAGUUUAAGACCUGAAAAACCAUGCCAUUCCAAUAAGGGAGGCUUGCAGUAAAGGAUUGCAGUUUUCUGAUGCGCGGUGCAACGGGUCGCAGUCGUCCUGGGUGCUGCACACAUUCAGGUGACUCCGUGCAGAGAAAAAAAAAAACAUGGUGUGCUGAAGCGAACAUGCAAACAGUGUUGGAAAGACGUUGAAGGCCGAUGUUAGGUUGGGUCGCAGGCUGCGGCAGGAUGACACUCCGUCUCUCCAUCUCUCUCCACCAUACUGCUCAACGGCCACGCUGAAGAAGCAGCAGCUUUUUCUUUCAGCACUACUGCUGCCAUGGCUAAUCAGCCACCU